UUUGCAGUACAUUAUUACCAUCUAUCAAGAAAACACUCCUGUAAGGAAAUCCAGUUUCCUUGCUUCACUCAACUGCGCCCUGGUCCUGGAUACCAGAGUCAAUCGAAAGUCUCAGCAGCCGUUCGGGCAGAGGAAACGCUUUCAAAAUAUAUCAUUCAUCUUCAUCUUGGAUGACAGUUUAUCCAUAUAUCCUUUAUAAUCAUCAUUAAGUAUUGGUGCUUAAGAUCUCUGUCACGAGAGGCUUGGCUUCGUGAUUUCCAGUUGCCAUGAGGAAGCCUCGCCGAAAGUCACGGCAGAAUGCCGAGGGCCGCAGAUCCCCGUCCCCAUACAGUCUUAAGUGCUCGCCCACUCGAGAGACCUUGACAUACGCCCAAGCCCAGAGGAUUGUUGAGGUCGACAUCGAUGGCCGCCUACACCGGAUCAGCAUUUAUGACCCUCUCAAGAUCAUCACUGAGGACGAGCUGACUGCUCAGGAUAUCACCGAGUGCAACAGCAACAAGGAAAACAGUGAGCAGCCCCAGUUCCCUGCCAAGUCCAAGAAACCCUCCUCGAAGGGCAAGAAGAAGGAGUCCUGCUCCAAGCAUGCCUCGGGUACCUCCUUGCACCUCCCUCAGCCCAGCUUCCGCGUGGUGGAUACGGUUAGCCAGCCAGAAGCACCCCCACUGCCUGCUGCUUACUACCGCUACAUCGAGAAGCCUCCUGAAGACCUGGAUGCAGAGGUGGAGUACGACAUGGACGAGGAGGACAUGGCCUGGCUAGACAUGGUCAACGAGAAGCGCCGAGCCGAUGGGCACAGCCUGGUGUCAGCAGACACCUUCGAGCUGCUGGUGGACCGGCUUGAGAAGGAAUCCUACCUGGAGAGCCGCAGCAGCGGGGCCCAGCAGUCACUCAUCGACGAAGACGCCUUCUGCUGCGUGUGCCUGGACGACGAGUGUCACAACAGCAACGUCAUCCUGUUCUGUGACAUUUGCAACCUAGCUGUGCACCAGGAGUGCUACGGUGUGCCCUACAUCCCAGAGGGCCAGUGGCUCUGCCGCUGCUGCCUGCAGUCUCCAUCUCGGCCCGUGGACUGCGUCCUAUGCCCCAACAAAGGUGGGGCCUUCAAACAGACCAGUGAUGGCCACUGGGCCCAUGUGGUCUGCGCCAUCUGGAUCCCCGAAGUGUGCUUCGCUAACACCGUGUUCCUGGAGCCCAUCGAGGGCAUCGACAACAUCCCGCCCGCCCGCUGGAAGCUAACCUGCUAUAUCUGCAAGCAGAAAGGGCUGGGCGCAGCCAUUCAGUGCCACAAAGUGAACUGCUACACCGCCUUCCACGUGACGUGCGCGCAGCGGGCCGGGCUCUUCAUGAAGAUUGAGCCCAUGAGAGAAACCAGCCUCAACGGCACCAUCUUCACUGUGCGCAAGACUGCCUACUGCGAGGCCCACUCUCCAAGCAUGGCCGCUGCCAGGAGAAAGGGCGACUCCCCAAGGAGCCUCAGUGACGGCGGCGGCGGGGAUGAGGACUGCACGAAAGAGGCUGGAGGGGAGGAGGACCAGGAAGAAGCGGAAGAGGAGGGCCAGGAAGGCCAAGGUGGGGUGGGCAGCCCCCUCAAGGGGGUGUCCAAGAAGAGUAAGAUGGGUUUGAAGCAAAGGAUCAAGAAGGAGUCAGAGGAAGCUGGCCAGGAGACACCCUCCAUCACUGUCCCCAUGGUCACUGUCCCACAGAUACCCCCUUACAGGUUGAACAAGAUCUGUAGUGGUCUCUCCUUUCAGAGGAAGAACCAAUUCAUGCAGCGACUUCACAACUACUGGCUACUGAAGCGGCAGGCUCGGAACGGCGUCCCCCUCAUCAGGCGCCUGCACUCCCACUUACAGUCCCAGAGAAACGCUGAGCAGAGAGAGCAGGAUGAGAAGACAAGCGCUGUGAAGGAAGAGCUGAAAUACUGGCAGAAACUCCGCCAUGACCUGGAGCGAGCGCGGCUGCUGAUCGAGCUCAUCCGCAAGCGGGAGAAGCUGAAGCGGGAGCAGGUCAAAGUACAGCAGGCUGCCAUGGAGCUGGAGCUGAUGCCGUUCACCGUUCUGCUGAGGACGACUCUGGACCUGCUGCAGGAGAAGGACCCCGCACACAUCUUUGCUGAACCCGUCAGCCUGAGUGAGGUUCCAGAUUACCUGGAAUUCAUAUCCAAGCCAAUGGAUUUUUCUACUAUGAGGCGGAAGCUGGAAUCUCACCUGUACCACACCUUGGAGGAGUUUGAGGAGGACUUUAACCUUAUAGUUACCAACUGCAUGAAGUAUAAUGCUAAAGACACAAUUUUCCACCGAGCAGCUGUCCGCCUGCGGGACCUGGGAGGGGCCAUCCUGCGGCAUGCCCGGCGGCAGGCAGAGAACAUCGGCUUUGAUCCUGAGAGGGGCACCCACUUGCCCGAGUCACCCAAAUUGGAAGACUUUUACCGAUUUUCCUGGGAGGAUGUGGACAACAUCCUCAUCCCAGAGAACCGGGCCCAUCUGUCCCCAGAGGCACAGCUAAAGGAACUGCUGGAGAAACUGGAUCUGGUUAGCGCCAUGCGAUCCAGCGGGGCCCGCACCCGUCGAGUCCGCAUGCUGCGCAGGGAGAUCAAUGCCCUGCGGCAAAAGCUAGCACAGCCACCGCCACCACAGUUCCUGUCGCUGAACAAGACUGUGCCCAACGGGGAUUUGCCAGCAGGAUCUCGGGGGGAUGCAGCCAUGCUGGACCAGGCCCUGCAGGAGGAGCCAGAAGAUGAAGGGAACAGAGAUGAUUCAAAAUUGCCUGCCCCACCAACCUUGGAGCCUACCGGGCCUGCGCCUUCCUUGUCAGAACAGGAGUCCCCUCCAGAUCCUCCAACCCUGAAACCCAUCAGUGACAGCAAACCUUCAAGCCGGCUCCUAAAGUCCCGGAAGGUGGAAGAUGACGAGGUCUUAGAAAGAUCGGCUCUGCAGCUGGGGAGCGAGCCCUUGCAAUGCUUGCUUAGUGACAAUGGCAUUGACAGACUGUCCCUCAUAAACCCUGACAGCCCUCCUGAUACCUCUCUUGGCAAUGUGGGCCGCCGAACGUCUGUCCUCUUCAAGAAGGCCAAGAAUGGAGUUAAACUGCAGAGGGGUCCAGAUGGGACCCUGGAGAAUGGCGAGGACCAUGGCCCAGUGGACACUCCUUCUCCAGCCAGCACAGAGGAUGAACACUAUUCCCGGAAGCGGCCAAGGAGCCGGAGCUGCAGUGACAGUGAAGGGGAGAGGUCCCCUCAGCAGGAGGAAGAGACAGGCGUGACUAACGGCUUUGGAAAACACACGGAAAGCGGGUCUGACUCGGAAUGUAGUUUGGGUCUCAGUGGAGGACUGGCGUUGGAAGCUGGCAGUGGCCUGACGCCUCCCAAACGCAGCCGUGGGAAGCCAGCCCUGGCUCGUGUGCCCUUCCUGGAAGGUGUGAAUGGAGACUCUGACCACAGUGGCUCAGGCAGAAGCCUUCUGAUGCCCUUUGAAGACCGCGGAGACCUGGAGCCCCUGGAGCUGGUGUGGGCCAAGUGCCGAGGCUACCCCUCCUACCCUGCCUUGAUCAUCGAUCCCAAGAUGCCCCGGGAGGGCCUCCUGCACAACGGUGUCCCCAUCCCUGUUCCUCCACUGGACGUGCUGAAGCUGGGCGAGCAGAAGCAGGCAGAGGCUGGAGAGAGGCUCUUUCUUGUCCUCUUCUUUGACAACAAGAGGACCUGGCAGUGGCUCCCAAAGGACAAAGUCCUGCCCCUGGGUGUGGAGGACACUGUGGACAAGCUCAAGAUGCUAGAAGGCCGCAAGACCAGCAUCCGGAAGUCAGUCCAGGUGGCCUAUGAUCGAGCUAUGAUCCACCUGAGCCGAGUACGUGGGUCCCACUCCUUCGUCACCUCCAGCUACCUGUAAGAGUGGAGCUGGGCCUGUGUCUGCCUUCUUUGCCUCUCCUCUGUCCCGGAGGCAUGAGAAACCUCUUCUGCCCCUGCCACGUGUAUGGCCGGCAGCUUCUUUGUAAUGGCAGGCCCUGACUGGACUGGGUCUCCAAGGGCAAGGCCCAAUAUUGACCAAUCAUGUGGUUCCCCUGGAGGGCUGCUGUGUGCCAAAAACUCCCACCCGAGGUCCCUGGGGAUGUUCCACUGAAGAACCACUAGAAGUAGAAACAGCUGAGAGUCUUAGCCAGCCAGGGAGAUAGACCUGGCCCACAAGGCAAGAGGGUUGCUUUUCUGGGGCCAGCUGACUCCCUCUAUGCCUCUCCCACCUAACCAUACCUCAGGGCAGGCAAGGUCCUGACACUGAUCCCAGAGAUGUGCCAGGGUCCCUUGGGAACCCGCAGAGCUUCCUCCCCCUCCCCCAUGCUGGCACUCGGCCUCCUCUCCCACACCCAGCCCAGGCUCUCCUUCCCUCAUUGCUCUUUCUCCCUUGUGCCAAACUGACAGCAACAUCACCAAAUUGAUCUCUUUCUUUGAUGUUCCACUUCCUCCCUGGCCAGCUGCUAUAUUAGAUGGAUGUCUGCCAGGCGCUUGAGCUCCAGGUAGAAGCUACCCCACUUGUCAGGACCCUCCCCACACCCACAGAAGCCCACUUGUGCCAAGGCCAGCCGCAUGCACGCGAUCUGUGGAUGGGAUGGGCUUCCCACCCUUCCCCUAACACAGGGCGCCAUAUUGGAUGGAUAUUGGGUUGCACGUGCCCUUCAGCAGGGUGCUGCUGCCCGUCCUCCCCUCCAUGGGCUUCUCUCCUGCAGCAGCCUCAAGCCUUACUGCAUCACACCAUCACUGUCACUGCAGUCACCGCAGGUGGCGUGGCGCUGCCCUCUGGCACCCUCCCCUGGGUUUGCUGCUCCUGCCUCCCAGGGCACGGAACACAGCUUUUUCCUUUCAGCCCCUGCCUUCAGCCUCUUCUCCACUUUCACCUCCUCAGCCUCCUCCCCUCAGAAAGGAAAGAAAAAAAAGCUGUGACUGAGGAAAGCUGACUGACAAAGCACUGCACUCUCAGAGGCCUCUGCUCCUGACAUUCCCUUUCGCCUCUUAAGCACCAAAGCCGCAGGCGGGUUUGCAGACCGCCCCUUGCCAUGCUCAUUUCUACCUUGAUGUUAUUUUUAAUUGUUUUAAUUUUUUUCAUAGGGGAGUUUUGGGCAAAAACGAAGUCCCUGGGGAGAUCACUGCCAUUUUUACAUAGACUUUUUAAAAAAUACAACCAACCAACCAGUCGCCAACUUCUUACACAUUUGGGACAUGAGCCAGAGUUUAAAAGGGAACCAACAAAAUUCACCAAGAGGGCCAGAUCCUGUCCAGUGAACAGCGCAGCCACGGCCAGGACAGGGCGUGGUGUAUAUAACUGUAAGAUACCCUUGUAAGUUAUCCAGGCACACGCUCUCCAUUACCAAACCCUCCAUUGCGUGGCCACGCCGUGCAGUCUAGUCAAAGGAGCCGAGGCGGCCCCCUCUCCCCAGGUACUGGUCAGUUGUGGACUCUGUGACCCUCAUCUAAACCUGUGUCAAGAUCGCGGGGCUUCUCCCUCUCUCUGUCUCCUUCCCCCAACACUGUCUCUAUUUUUCACUCUCGGAAUCCUUCCCUCUCUCCGAGUCCCACUUAAGAAACUGCUCUUUUAGGACAGGACGCGGCUCAGACCCUGCUGUGGCACGGGGCCUCUGUCUCUGUGGUCUGCUGUGAAGCACACACUGCUCUAUUUAUUGUAGAAAGUGACUUUAUUUGCCUUCUAGAAUUGUUUAUAACAGAUGGUUAUAAGAGAGGUAAUAAACAGAAAAACCUAUGCCUGUAAAGAAUACAAGAGUUAAUUUUACCUACCAUAAUAUGACGUCUUAUUUUCUCUCUGAGAAAUAAAUGUUCUAUGGGCCGUGG